GAGUUGUUUUCAGUAAUAUUUUUCUUGUUCGUGCGUGACGGUCGCGAGACUGUGCCGCUCUGUUGUUUGUGUGUUUUAAAUAAAUCAUAUGUAUAUUUGAGAAUCUUAAAACGCAAGAAACUUAAUUGGUGCAGAGUGGUAACAGCAAUAUAUUGGCGAGACGUAAUUAAAUGCAAUAACAACAAAAUAAACGCGAGGCGCAACAGAAGCGAAACAACAAAAGAGAAAUAGUACAAAGAAAUUUGUCUUCCUGCUUUUGGCCGCCGCCGCCGAAGAAGAAGAGUGGGCAAAAAAUGCAACAAAAUACGGAAGCCGAGCAAUAAAACAAAAAUACCGUAAUAACGUAAACUGACGAUAAUUGUGCAAUUAUUGAAAGAAUUGUAUAUUUAUUUUCGGUUGGAAGUUCUUUGUGAGAAUAAUUCGAAUAUCUACAACACAUUUACAGCAGGCAGUGAAAAUUCAUGCGUCUGAAACAACAGCAGAAAAAUUUAUAUAAAACUUUUUUGGCUGUUGCUUUUCAAAACAAGUUAAGGGAGGUUUGAAAAUUAUUAUUUAUGCAAAACUGUGAAGUCAGCAAACACCACACUCAUAAAAUGGAUCACAAAUUCAUCGUAUUUAAUGCUGCACGCGAUAACAACCUGCCACAAUUGAAGGCCGCGCUCUAUAACAAAAGUGCCGCAGAAAUGGCGAUACUCAUAUCCGCAAAGGUAAAUGGAGCCACUCCCCUUGUGAUCGCUUGCCGCAAUGGACACUACGAUAUUGUGGAAUAUUUACUGACAAAGUGCCGGGCGAAUGUGGAACAGGUUGGUUCGAUUAGCUUCGAUGGUGAACCGAUCGAGGAUGCGCCACCACUGUGGUGUGCCGCAGCAGCCGGUCAUUUGGGCAUUGUGAAGAUGCUUGUCCGGCGAUUCGCCAAUGUGAACAGCACGACGCGCACGAAUUCCACACCACUGCGAGCCGCUUGCUUCGAUGGUCACUAUGAGAUAGUCAAGUAUUUGGUGCAUCAUGGAGCGGACUUUGAGGUUGCCAAUCGACAUGGACACACCUGCCUGAUGAUCGCCUGUUAUAAGGGCCACUAUCGGAUUGCCCAAUAUCUGCUUUCAUUGAAUGCGGACGUCAAUCGGUGCAGCAUCAAAGGCAACACGGCGUUGCAUGACUCUGCCGAGUCGGGAUCAUUACAAAUAUUACAGCUUCUGUUGAAACAUGGCGCCACCAUGGACGUUGACUACUAUGGCAUGACGCCACUGUUGGCGGCCAGUGUUACCGGACAUAUGCCAAUUGUGGAACAUCUCAUAACAUUGCCCUGUGUGAGUCGUGUGGCGAGAAUCGAUGCGUUGGAGCUCCUGGGCGCAACAUAUGUAGAUAAGAAACGUGAUAUAGCCGUUGCCCUAACGCUAUGGCGACGAGCCCUUGAGGAGCGUGCCCAGACACCAAGAAUAUACAAGAAACUGCAAGAGCCGGUGCCGGCUUAUGAGAUGGUAACUGAAGUGACAACUAUUGAAGAGCUGGAAGAGCUGGUACUUGAUCCGGAUGAGAUGCGCAUGCAGGCGCUCGUCAUAAGACAGCGCAUUUUAGGACCGACGCAUCCGGACACCAGCUAUUAUAUUCGUUUCCGGGGCGCCCAUUAUGCUGACGCUGGCCGUUUUGAUCGCUGCAUCGAGCUCUGGUCAUAUGCCUUGACUAUGCAACAGAAAAUAUUGCAGCCACUUAGCCCCAUGACACAAUCCUCAUUGCUAUCCUUUGCCGAGCUCUUCAGUUUUAUGCUUGUCGAGGCGGGACGCCUGCUACCCCGUGGACGCAUUGUGCCGCCCAUUGAGGCGGACGGUAUGCUGACCAUCUUUCACAAGGCCGUGCUGGAGGUGGAGCGAGGACAGGCGUAUACACUACAACAGCAGCAGUUGGAACAAUGCCCACAAAUGUUGUCCACAGCUAGUAAACAGUUAAAGCAAUCCUCAUCAUCAUCCUCAUCGACAUCGUCGUCCUCCUCCAGCUCAUCAUCAUCGACCACGCUGUUGUCGGUGCAUCAGCAUGAAUGUAAUCAUGAUCCCAAUGCUCUUAGUCGUACUCUGGUCAGUGCUCUGCACAUUGGCUGCCUGCUAAGUUCACUAUUGGAUUCCGAGAGUUUCUGUCCGGAUAUGCGGCAUCAGGUGAUGAAUGCACUAUACCGCCUCAACCGUCUCGAGGUGCAUGUCCGUUCGGGUCGCACUGCGCUACACUAUGCCUGCUAUCGUGAGGGCACCCUGGUCGGUCGCUAUCCUUCGUGCCAGUUCCCAUCGGCUUCCCUGGCCAAGGCGUUGCUGGAGGUAGGAGCCGAUGGAAAUGCUGUGGACGAUGCGGGCAACACGCCGCUUCAUCUGGCUGCUACAUUGGAGCCCUAUGUUGAGCCCUUGGCGCGCACAUUGCUCGAGGGUGGCGCUCAUUUGGAUACAAAGAAUGAUGCUGGUGAGACUUUUGAGAGUUUGCUGGCACCAACACCUCUGCACAAAAUCAUUGAUCCCAUGAAGUAUACAUCGCUGGCGUGCCUGGCGGCGCGUACGAUUAAACAGCAUGACAUCAAGUAUGAGGAUGUGGUUCCAUCGGCGCUUUAUGAGUUCAUUGAGUUGCACUAGGCGUGCUUGAGCUGAGAUCUCUUUCACUCAGUCAGUAACGAAGGAACACACUCACAACCCGCCCGCCAUCGAAGCCAUGCCACGUGGAUAGACAUAAUAAUACCAAUUACCUAUUACUACUACUACGACUACGACUACGAUUACAACUACUAUUACUUAUAAUAUAGAGCUGAUGGGAGAGCGUUACUAAGGACUAGGAACUGAUUUGUGAUGUUUGCAAGCGAAGUGCCCAACUCUGGUGCAGUUCAUUUGGCAUUUUGACGUAUCCAGGAUUGAAAAUCGUAUGGGAUGAUGACGACGACAGUGUCAACAAUCGACAACGACAACAACCAACAACAACAACAACAACAACAAUUUGAAUAAUGCUGUUAACUUAUUUUGCUUGCAAAAUGUGUUUUAUUGUGUUCUUACUACUCUUCUUUUGUAUGUAUAAAUUAUGAUUUUAAUAUUAUGUAUACGCCAAAUGGCGCAGUCGUGCAGCUAAAACAAUUGCAUGCCUUUUUUUAAAGGCUGCAUUAAAGUCCUCAUUAGCUGCACCGACCACGCCCACUCGGCCCAUUGUUAUGCGUAUUUAGUGUGUACUACAAGAAAACAAACCCCUCCUUACUGAUCCGUUUGCCAGAGCAAUAAAAGCGAGAACAGAGUUUGGAAUAAAAACUGCAAUUAUAAAAUUAAAUGUUA